AGGGUGGGGGUCAGGAUGGGGCCACCCAGCACGCUGAGCAGCCCCCACUUGGAUGGUGAGCUGAGGGCAGCCCCAACUGUAGCGUCAUCGGGGCACAGAGGAGCGGGCAGCAGGCCAGCCAGCACUGGCACUGGUCCUGGCAGCCUGUCCUGCCCCUUCACUGUGACUCUGCAAAACGGCAGGGCGGUGGCGGUGACGCUGGCGAUGGCCGGGCCUGGAGGAAGCAGAGGGGCCCGGCUGGGCGCUGUGCUGCUUGGGGCGGAGCGGUGGGCUCGGCCGGGCAGGCAGGAAGAAGGACGAGGCCGGCUCUCGACAGCAGCCAUGGCCGAGGCUGGGGACCGGAGCAUCCACACGCAACACAUCUCAACCGUGCACAACGUGCCCAUGCACGUCCUCAUCCGGCCCAUCCCCACGGAGCUGGAGCCAGGCAAGGUGCAGAGCCUGAUGGAAACCCUGCAGGAGGAUCCCGAGCGGGUGCCCCCCAUCGACGUGCUCUGGAUCAAGGGCAGCCAGGGGGGGGAUUACUUCUACUCCUUCGGGGGCUGCCACCGCUUUGCCGCCCACAGGGCACUCAACCGGGAGACAAUCCCCGCCAAGAUCAUCCCGUCCACCCUCAGCGACCUCCGCACCUACCUGGGCUCCUCCACGCCCCACCUGCGCUAGCCUAGUGCCCCAGAGGAUGCACAGACCCCCGCAGCCCCCCUCAGCCCCUGAUCCUGGUGGGUCCCCCCAGGGUCCCCGUAAGCUGAGCUGGUCCUGUCCCGGGGGUCCCGUGACCCUCCGGUAGGGAUGGGUUCAGGGCCCCCCGGUCCUGAGGGGGGGUGGUGUCCCGGGGUUCCUGCGGGGCUUGCGGCGCCCCUCCAGCCGGGACGGGGUCAGGGUCUCGCUGGCCCCGGGAAGAGCCCGGGAUGGUGCGGCGCGGCGGGGCCGGCAGGUGGCGCUGUUUUGCCGCGCUGCGCCGCCCCGAGCGGCCGCGGGGACCGGGACGGGACGAACCGGGACUGGAUGAACCGGGACUGGACGAACCGGAACGGGACGAACCGGGACUGGACGAACCGGGACGGGGCCAACCGGGACUGGAUGAACCGGGGCACGGCUCAACCGGUACGGGAUGAACUGGGAUGGGACGGGCUGAACCGGGGCACGGCUCAACCGGGACUGGCUGAACCGGGACAGGCUGAAGCAGGGCACACUGGAACUGGGCCAGGUCACAGCCCAUCCAGGGCACAAUUGAACCGGGAAGGGAUACAGGCAAACCGGGACACAGCUGAAUCGGGACACAGCUAUAUCAGAGCACAGCCAAACCGGGGCACAGCGAAACCGAGCACGGCCAGUCCCCACGUCCCGCCCUCAGCGACUCUGGGUUCACCCUGUGCCCUGACCCUGGGCUGUGCCUACCCCAAAACCACCUGUCCCCUCCCUGGACACAUCCCACGGUCCCCUACUCUGUGGAGGGACAUUUCCAAAAUGGGGUGGUGGGGACACCCACUGCUGCACCUGGAAUAAAGGUGAUCAAACCCCC